CUGUUAAGAUGCGCGACAAUCUUUUCUCUUCCAGGUGUUUACGUUUUUGGAAAUCUUCUGGAAGUUCCCCACCAUAAUAGAAAUUGAAACGGAACGCACGGACGAAUUAGACUUUCCCGGAGUGACCAUCUGCAACAACAACAGAGUUCGCCUCUCUGAAUGGUGCCGUAUUACGGGAGAAGAGGUCUGCGACCUGUCACGGAAGACCGCCAUCCCGAACUUCGAUCAAUCGCUGAAUACCAUGAACCGGUCACUCAGGAUGCAAGUUGGGCAUCAGAAAAAGACCAUGAUAUUCGAAACAACGAAAGUAGUCAACGGCACAAUAGAAGUGGUUGACGGACAAGAUUUCCGGGACUCGUUCUUCCACUUCAAGUACAGCAACUGCUUCGCGUAUAACGUCGAAUGGACCGGGUCCGGUGUGCGGGAGCAAGAGCGGGCCAGGCAGAUCGAUCUGCAAGUUAUUCUGUUUCUGGAGCAGCGAGAGUACACGUUGCAAAACCAAUGGCCCGGAGCUCAGAUCGUCUUCCACGACGCUGAAGUGAUCCCGGACCCCGAGGAAAGCGGGAUUCCCCUCAGAGCUGGCCACAAUUACAUAUUUACACUCAGACAGCUGGUGACGAAACGACUUCCAAAGCCCUACUGGACACGAUGCGUCAACUACCCCUUCGUCAGGCGUGAACGAUACACUAUGAGGAUGACAAAACCUCUGUGCGACAAGGAAUGUGCCUACAACGCAUCUCUGCUGAAGUGUCGCUGCAUUCGCACCGAUGUGGCUCUGCCCUACGAAGUGGAAUGGGACAGGGAACCUUCUGGAAAACGACGCUUCUGCGAUGCAGACAUUGCCCUGACCCGUUGCUGGGUGAAGGUACUGGACGAGGCUGAACGCUGCCAGAAGAAGCAAUGCCACAAGUCCUGCUAUGAAACCCAGUUUGAGACUUCGGUGACGCAAGACCCCUGGCCGGAUGAACUUUUUUUCAAGCAGGAAUUGCACAGGUACAAGGCCAUCAACAUUAGUACGUUUCAGGAGGCUAGAAUGAACCUGACAAGAAUAUAUGUCAUCUACGGAACGCUAAAUCGCAUCACUUACCGUCACAGACCCAAAUAUGAGCAAAUUGAGCUGUUCUCCUACAUGGGUGGCUUCAUCGGCAUCUGGAUUGGAGUUUCCUUUCUCAACGUGCUGGACUAUUGUGCUCGCAUGAUGACCUGGAUGAUUCAUCGUUGCAAAGAACGCAAUCAGCACCACUCCACUUCUCCGCAACCAGAAUCGCCCAUCGACAAAGUCAAAACACUUCAAGUACAAGGGCCUCCAAAUGGUUACAGUGCAGACCACACUUGGUAGAUUGGGUGUCGAUACCCUUACAAGUGUGCUGAGGGGCCCUGCGUCCUCCUGUACUGAUCGAAGACUGGAUUGCUUUGGUGAAAUCUGUGUCCAAGUGGUCUACUGCAUUUUUUGCACAAAAGUAAUUACUAUUACUGCAUUACACAUACUACCAGUGUAAAACGCUUCACGCUUUUCCAUACCCCUGCUUCUACUUAUUUCUAUGUCGAGUGGGAACCACCUGCAUAAUGACACGUUGGCUUUCGUGCAAAAAAAUUGCUAUGAAGAUUGCACCUCGGAAUUGCAUUUUUUAAUGCAAUUCGUUUCCCAUGAUCAGUGAAUUUCUGUGGCUUCUUUGAGAGCUAAAAAGAAUUAGUGCAAUUAAUAGCUUCUGGACAAGAGCCAUGCCAAUGAUGUCGACAAGCAAACAUGCCCCAAGGGCAAUAAGAAGAUAACUUCAACAUGAACAACUCACUCAUAUAAUCACUUUGCACAACACUGCAAUUGCAGAAUGGCAUAGUGCAUAGAUCAGCUACUGAGUAACCAAGUGAAGCUCUUUUUUCUUUUCUUUUUUUUUUUUCUGCUGUGAAGUUGUAUGUCUUUGGAAUAAACAGACAUAGUAAGAAUUGUUUAUGGUGCUUCCACCACCAACAAUGAUAUCAAAACAGGAUUACAACUACAAAGGUCUCUCAACAGUAAUCUACGUCGAAGGCACAACGCUUUCCGAUUCUCUGUCUAGUUGGCUGUUUCGUCCUGCCUCCUGGAUCAG